AUGUCGUCCAUUGAGCCCGUUGUCCUUGUCCACGGGGGCGCCGGGACCAUCAGCAGCGAUGCCAAGGCGGCCCAGCUGGUCCAAGGGGUGAAAAAAGCGGCUCAAGCCGGCUACCAAAUCCUCAAAUCGGGGGGUAGUGUCCUAGAUGCCGUCCAAAAAAGCGUCGAAUUGAUGGAAAACGACGCGAUUUUCAACGCCGGACUUGGCUCGGUCCUCAACGUCGAAGGCGAAGUGGAAAUGGACGCUAGUAUAAUGCUGGGGGCUGAUUUAAGCGCAGGGGCCGUGACUGUGGUCAAAGACAUCAAAAACCCCAUAGCUUUGGCUCGACUCGUAAUGGAGAAGAGCGACCACGUGCUACUGGCCAGCGAGGGAGCGAAAAAAUUCGCUCUAAAGCACGGUAUUACACCUCUUGCCCCCGGUUCCCUGGUUACGGAAGCCACCAGAGAAGCACUAGCCAAAUGGAAGGCGAAACAAGUCGCAGCUUUGGCCGAGUUGGGCACUGUGGGGGCUGUGGCGAUUGAUAGCCAGGGGAGGCUCGCAGCUGCCACCUCCACAGGGGGACGCGAGGGGAAGUUGGCCGGGAGGUCGAGCGAUACUUGUAUGAUUGGGAGCGGGACUUAUGCGGAUGAUGGGGUUGGGGCGGUUUCCACAACGGGGCAUGGGAAGACCAUAGCUAAGUUUUGCCUAGCACACUCUAUUAUCAAGGCUAUGGAAGGGGGGCAAGGGGCUGAGGCCGCUACCAAGGGGUGUAUUGAGAAAAUGACCAAGAAAUUAAAUAAUACUGCGGGGGCUAUCACCCUAUCUUGUCGUGGGGAAGUUGGGGUUGGGUUCAGUACUAAUAGGAUGUCAUGGGCGUAUCAGAAAGGGGAUGAGGUGCAUUUUGGAGUGGAUCAGAACCAACACGAUUUCGAAAAAAUAUAAAAUUUUAUUAUUAAAUUAAUAAGGAAUGUUCAAUGUCCGCCACCUAAUUACUACAAGUCAUAAUACUUAAUUGAGAAAUUGCAUUAAUUUGCCCAAUCCCUCUCCCAACUCUUCUGCAUUAUUGUUUUUAAUAAUUAAGUCCCAAUCGCUGAAAUCGUCUAAGUCACACUCAGACGUAACAUCAUCAACUCCUAAAAAACAGUUAACGCUU